AUGGUAGACGAUUAUGAACUGCUCUUUCUUCUCCUCCCCUUGGCCGCCAAGGACGUAGCCGCUGCCGCCUCGUGGCCGCUGUUUAGGAAAACGAAGGCGUCCCUCCCGUCGCUGUUGCUUCUCCCCAAGAAAUCCUUGAACCGCCAGAUCUUGGAAAUACCGGUCGAGUUGCUCUUCCGGCAGACAUCCGACAACACCUCCACCGCCUUCCCGUCCGGGGAGGACGGCGCCUUCUGGCCGCUGUCUUCACUCGUUUCGAUGAAGACCUUCUUCAUUGGAGGCCUCGUGGGCAAGCUGUCGAGCAGAUUCUCGCCGGAGAAGAAUAUAUCCCGGUUGAAGAGUGGAUAA